AUGAAAAAGAAGUAUGAAAAACUGGAGGAGAUCGCUCUGAAAGCUGUUUCAGCAUCCACUUUUGUCCAAGAGCAGAUGAGCCUUCUGGAACACCUUCAAGGGGAAAUAAGCCAACUGGCAGCAAAGAAGUCACAGUUACUUGGUGAGAGCUACCAACAACUUGUCACACUGGAGGAGAUGGCUCUGAAAGCUGAUUCAGCAUCCACUUUUGUCCACUUGGACUUCCUGAUUGAGAAGAUGAAGGAGGAACAAAACACAGAGAAGGUCCAGAAACUGGAGGAAAUGAGAAAGAGAGUGGAUGAAGGAACCAGAGUAGGGUCAAGACUGGAGACAGCUGGGAUCAACUGGCCAUUCCAGAAGAAUGAUUACCAGGCUGCUGAACACUGCCUACCGAAGCCCUAUGCAGCGUCUAAGAACUCGUCCACAAACUCUAUCCGGUCCAGUGACUUUGUUGGGUUUUAUGGAACUCCUUCCAAGUACUCAGAUAUCAUCUCCAACAGUGAUCUGAAAUCUAAAGGACCUCCUGCUGUCUACCAACUGAGAACAAAGAAAGAGAAGUUUGGGAGUCUGACAAGAAUGACUGUUGGGGAAAAAAAACCAAACAAGCCAAAUAAAACCAUCUUACUUGUGGGUGAAACGGGAGCAGGAAAAUCUACUUUGAUCAACGCUCUAGUCAACUUCACCAUGGGGGUUCAGUUUGAGGAUGGAGUCUGGUUUCAGAUUAUAGAUGAGGAGAAGAGAAGUCAGACAGAAAGUCAGACAUCAGAUGUGAUCGUGUAUGAGAUCUUUGGUUUUGAAGAUAAAACUCUGCCCUACUCUCUGACCUACUCUCUGACCAUCAUUGAUACUCCUGGAUAUGGAGACACCAGAGGUACUGAAAUGGAUGAUGGCAUCAGUGAAAGACUAUUAGACUUGUUUCAAUCAGAGGAUGGAGUUAACAAAAUUCAUGCAGUGGGUCUGGUGAUGAAGGCAAGUGAGAAUCGACUGAGUGACCGACAGAUGUACAUCCUUGAUUCAGUGGUGUCUUUGUUUGGAAAAGAUCUGGAGAAAAGCAUUGUUGCUCUCAUCACACACUCAGAUGGAGUAACACCUGAAAAUGCUCUCAAAGCUCUCGAAAUUGCAAAAAUUGAAUGUCCAAGAAAUGGAAAUAAUGAGCCUGUUCACUUCCUGUUUAAUAACCAACAGAGCAAAGAGAGAACAGAAAAAAAUGAAUCUUGUUUGGAGACAGCAUGGAGAAUAACAGAGAGAGGAAUGGAUGAGCUCACAGCUUUUCUAGAAAAAACUGCACCUGAAAAGUUGUUGGUAACAACUAAAGUGUUACGUGAACGCAAAAGACUGAAAGCCUGCAUACAAACCUUGAGAGAGAAAAUAAAUGAAGUUGAACUCAAGCAAACCAAAGCCAGACAGAUAAAAGAAGUGUUAGAGAAACAUAAAAAAGAGAUGCAAAACAAUGAAAAUUUCUCUGUCGAAGUUCUGGAGUUUUACAAAGAGAAAGAAUAUGUAAAAACUGGGUGGUGGGGUGGGGUGUUUUAUAAUGGUACUGUCUCCUGUACAAACUGUCAGGAGAACUGUCACUUGAAUUGUGAAAUGGCCUGGUAUCCUUCACAGUGUGAUAUCAUGAGCGGAGGCUACUGCACUUCUUGCACCGGGAAGUGUCCUGUAUCAGAUCAUGUGAAGGGAAAUUGGAGAUAUGUGCUGAAAACAAGGAAAGUCUGGCAGACAUCAGAAGACAUGAAAAAGAAGUAUGAAAAACUGGAGGAGAUCGCUCUGAAAGCUGUUUCAGCAUCCACUUUUGUCCAAGAGCAGAUGAGCCUUCUGGAACACCUUCAAGGGGAAAUAAGCCAACUGGCAGCAAAGAAGUCACAGUUACUUGGUGAGUGCUACCAACAACUUGUCACACUGGAGGAGAUGGCUCUGAAAGCUGGUUCAGCAUCCACUUUUGUCCACUUGGACUUCCUGAUUGAGAAGAUGAAGGAGGAACAAAACACAGAGAAGGUCCAGAAACUGGAGGAAAUGAGAAAGAGAGUGGAUGAAGGAACCAGACCAGGGUCAAGGUAUAUGCAGGGAAAAAACUAG